UAACAGCGCGCCACUUUGAAAAUCCCCCUUCAGAUCAGAUCAGUCGUCAGCCGAUCAGGCAGCAGCAAGUUUAGUUUAACGGAAAGUGAAAUGGACCUGACUAUCGGCGGAUUUCUCGACCCGCAGGCCCAGCUCAGCGCUGCCCUGGAAAGGAAACAGCUUCCACAGUUCACAUCGGCCUUGGCCAGCGGAGCAAGGGCGGACCGGCAGGACGAGCGCCACCAGAGCGUCUUCGAGAAGGCGCUGUCCACCCCCGGCAGCAGGGACUUCAUAGACGCCUGCAUUGCCCACGGCAGCAACGUAAACUAUAUCAAUAGACAGAACGACAAGGCAGCAGUCAACUACGCCGCAGAUUCGAGGGAUGCUGGGAACCUGGAGGCCUUGCUGCGCCACCGCGGCGGUGCAGCCAAGGUCCAGGUGGACAGGAAGUACGCCCAGCUCACACCCCUCAACUCGCUGGCCAAGAAUCUGAACGCGGACAACGCCGCGGAGGUCGCAGCCUGCAUGCAGCUCCUCCUAGCCUACGGGGCCUCCCCAAACGCGAUCGACCAGAGCGAAUUCACGCCCCUGCAUCACGUGCUCCGGAACAAGAAGAUACCGAAGGCGGCGCAGCAGGAGCUGGUGCAGCUGUUCCUGGCCCAACCCCUGCUAAACAUCGACAGCUACCGCAACGGCCAGGUGCGCCAGUUGCUACAGACGCAGUAUCCGGAGCUACAGCUUCCCGCGCCCCAAGAAUCCGGACAAGCGGUGGACAUCGAUCAGCUUCAGCGGACCUUGAGAGACGGCGAGGAGGAGCAGUUCCUGCAGCAACUGACCGAAUACCAGAACAACCUCAGCAGCUCCGCGGAUAACCAGCGCAACGCCAACCAGGAUGAGUAUAUAGCCUUGCUGGUGGAGAGCAUCAAGCGGGGCAAGCAGAGGGCGCUGGAGGCGGUCCUGGCCACUGGUGUGAACAUAAACUGCGCAGCAGGCAAACCCAAUCAGGCCAAUCUCGUAGAGCUGGCUGUGAUUUCCGGCAACUGGCAAGCUCUGGAGCGCCUCCUGCAGCAGCCACAACUCUCGAUAACCUCGAAGUCGCGUCUCCUGAACGCCUCCAUUAGUAGGUUGGAGGAGCAACCGUACGACUACUGCGACCACGAGCGCUGCUUCAAAGUGCUUCUGGCCAGCGACCGAGUCGACAUCAACGAGACGGACAAGGGAGGCAUGACCCCGCUGGCCUACGCCGUAAAGUAUCGAAACACGUGGGCUAUCAAGGAGCUGCUCCAGCACGGCGCCUACAUUGGAGCCAAGAGCAAGUUCGGGGACUUGCCCAUCCAGGACAUAGCUCCGGAGCUGCUGGAGGAGCACUUCGACUCCUGCAUCACCACCAACGGAGAGAAGCCUGGCGAGAGCAGCUUCGAGAUCCAGAUCGAUUUCAAGAACCUGAUGCGUCAAGAGCCUAGAGAGACCCCGUCGGACAAGUGCUCUAAUUUGUCCCAGCCGCUGCGCGACGAGAUGACCCCCAUCGCUUACAUAGCCAAGUCGAAGGAGCUGAGCUACCUGCUGCAGCAUCCUCUAAUCUCUAGCUUCCUGUUCCUCAAGUGGCAUCGCCUGUCCCUGAUCUUCUACCUGAACUUCCUGAUCUACUCGAUUUUCACGGCCUCCAUCAUAGCCCACACGCUCCUGAAGUUUCACGAGAGCGAGCAUGCCGUAUGGACUGGGUUCUUUGAAAUCCUCUCCUGGGUGGGCAUCGGAUACCUGAUAGUGCGCGAGGGCGUGCAGGCGAUGAUGUCGCCACUGGUCUACAUCAAGUCGGUCAUCAACUGGAUGGAGAUAGCCCUGAUCGUCCUGUCCAUUUGUACCUGCAUCGAGGCCACCUACGACGAGGAGACAAAGCGGGUCCUAGCUGUGUUCACUAUCCUGCUAGUUUCCAUGGAGUUCUGCCUGCUGGUAGGCUCCCUGCCAGUGCUCUCCAUCUCGACGCACAUGCUCAUGCUGCGUGCCGUCUCCAGCAGCUUCGUGAAGAGCUUCGCUCUCUACUCGAUCUUCGUGCUGACCUUCAGUCUGUGCUUCUACGUCCUGUUUGGCAAGCCUCCGCCUCAAGACGGGCCCGUUCCGAGUCCCACUCCCAGUCCAGAAGCGGGGGAAGACGGUGAGGGCGACUUCAACACCUUCAGCAAGCCCAUAGAGGCCCUCAUCAAGACGAUUGUGAUGCUCACCGGAGAGUUUGACGCUGGCGACAUCAAGUUCACCAGCAUCUACACCUACCUGAUUUUCCUGCUCUUCGUCUUCUUCAUGACCAUCGUGCUGUUCAAUCUGCUCAAUGGUCUCGCCGUUAGCGAUACCCAGGCCAUCAAAACCCAGGCUGAGCUGAACGGGGCAAUCUGCCGCACCAACUUGCUGACCCGCUACGAGCUGGUCCUCACGGGACGCCAGGGACGGGCUGGAUGUCUGGCCACCAGUCAGCCCUUCAGGAGCAUCAUCCAGCGGCUGAUGAACAUCUACCCCAACUACCUGGGACUACGCCAGAUCUCCGUGCUGCCGAACGAUGGCAACAAGGUGCUCAUACCCACGAGCGACGUGUUCGAACUGAAGACGCUGGACAAGCUGCAGUCCGGCUUCCAGCAGCUUCCCACCCACUCGACCGCUUCCCAGAAGAAACUGCUGGAUCCGCCACUCCGGCUGCUGCCGUGCUGCUGCUCCAUGCUGACCGGAAAGUGUUCCCAGAUCGAUGCCCGCACCGUGAAGCUGGCCCUCGCCCUCAUCGACCAGAAGUCCAGCACGGAGCAGAGGCGUCUGCGGGAGCAGGAGAGCGACCGGAGGCUGCAGCUCAUAGAGCAGAAGCUGGAGAGCCUGCUGCAGCUGCUCCAGGACCGGAACUGACCUCCCUCCACUAGGCUAUAGUAUUAGUUGUGAGCCCGACGCGCAUUUCAAAACAGUUUCUGCACAGAGAGUUAGUCGGAAAUUGUUUUUAUUAACAUACGAAUAAUGAAAUUUGAACAAAACCGUUAAUAAUUUUCAGUUAAGUAGUAUAUAAUGGUUAUAUAGACAGUAAAUAUUGUAUAAACGAAUACCUUUACUGUACCAUUUUGUACCCGAGUAAAUAUUUAAUUUCAAAUGUUA